AGCUGACGGAGAAAACCCCAAGUGGAGAAGCCCUUGUAGGGGGCUGGAGACAAUUUCUGACCCGCAGAAACCUGAAGUGGCGCUGACGUUUACAAGUGGUGGACAAAACGCCACUUGCAACACUGGAAGAAGCGGAAAACCCCACCCACUCUGGAACAACAGCGAUCAGCCCCGAAUCUAGGGUCCCCUUGCCGUCCCGUAGCCUCCUAGUCCCGCCCCUCUCCCAAGGCCCGGCAGUGGCAGCGGCUGCGGCUGCGCAGUGGCGCGGGCGUAGGGGGGAGCAGCGCGCGCCGCGGUCAGCUGACUGCUGGGCUGGCACGUGACUUGUUCUGUGUUCGCUCUGGUAGAGGAAGCCGUGAGGCCGGAGCUUAGGUCGGGAAGGGAUGGAGCGCUGAGCCGAUAGCGUCCGCUAGGCUGCCUGCCUCCGUACCUGUUACUGCUGCUGCUUCCUCGUUUGACACCUUCCUGGAAUCUCUCUUGAUUUUUGAGGAAAUACCUAGUAACAAACAUGACUGAGUUCUGGCUUAUAUCUGCUCCUGGGGAGAAAACCUGUCAGCAAACAUGGGAGAAAUUGCAUGCGGCAACUUCAAAGAACAAUAAUCUUGCUGUCACUUCCAAGUUCAAUAUUCCUGACUUAAAGGUUGGCACGUUGGAUGUCUUGGUUGGCUUGUCAGAUGAACUGGCUAAACUGGAUGCAUUUGUAGAAGGAGUGGUUAAGAAAGUAGCUCAAUACAUGGCUGAUGUAUUGGAAGAUAGCAAAGACAAAGUUCAAGAGAAUCUGUUGGCUAAUGGAGUGGACUUGGUUACUUAUAUAACAAGGUUCCAGUGGGACAUGGCCAAAUAUCCAAUCAAGCAGUCCCUGAAAAAUAUUUCUGAAAUAAUUGCCAAGGGAGUAACUCAGAUUGAUAAUGACCUGAAAUCUCGCGCAUCUGCAUACAAUAACCUGAAAGGAAAUCUUCAGAAUUUGGAACGAAAGAAUGCAGGAAGUUUGCUAACUAGAAGUCUAGCAGAAAUUGUGAAGAAGGAUGACUUUGUUCUUGAUUCAGAGUAUCUCGUCACAUUACUGGUAGUAGUUCCCAAGUUAAACCACAACGACUGGAUUAAGCAGUAUGAAACACUAGCCGAAAUGGUAGUUCCAAGGUCUAGCAAUGUUCUUUCAGAGGACCAAGACAGUUACCUGUGUAAUGUCACCUUGUUUAGGAAGGCAGUUGAUGACUUCAGACACAAAGCCAGAGAAAACAAAUUCAUUGUUCGUGACUUCCAGUAUAAUGAAGAGGAGAUGAAAGCAGAUAAAGAAGAAAUGAACAGGCUUUCCACUGAUAAGAAAAAACAAUUUGGACCACUUGUACGGUGGCUGAAAGUGAAUUUUAGUGAAGCAUUUAUUGCAUGGAUUCACGUGAAAGCAUUACGGGUUUUCGUUGAGUCUGUUUUAAGGUAUGGCUUGCCAGUGAACUUCCAAGCAAUGCUACUUCAGCCCAAUAAGAAAACUUUGAAGAAACUGAGAGAAGUAUUACAUGAAUUGUAUAAACAUCUAGACAGCAGUGCAGCAGCUAUUAUUGAUGCUCCUAUGGAUAUUCCAGGUUUAAACCUGAGUCAACAAGAAUACUACCCCUAUGUGUACUACAAGAUUGAUUGCAACUUGCUGGAAUUCAAGUGAAAAUGGGCUCCUCCCCCGACAAUCCUGUCCUUGUGUUUGUGUGUGCUAACAGAAAUAAGUUGCAGUAUGGUCGUACUUUUAACUCUAGUAUCCUUUGCUUGCUUCUUACCCCCUUUCCUAGGUGAAUUCUCCCACAGUGGUCUGUAUCUCAACAUUUUCUUUUUAAAGGAAAAAAUAUAUAUAUAUUGUUUCUUUUUAUUGAUCAGGUCUGUAAAUGUGUACUAAAAAAAUCAGAGUUUAUUUAUAAACAGAAUAGUUUAUUUAAAGAGAAGGUCUUUUCCUUAUUGAUAUCAUGGUAUGCAUUAAUUCCAUUUGUUACUAUUGUGCACAAAAGCCCUGUUCACAGGGGAAUGGUGUAAACAUACUGUUUUGUUCACUGUAUUUAGUAGACAUAACUGUUGAAUAGUUACUGAAUCAUGAUGUAAAGAAUAUGUGACCAUCUUCAGGUAUGGGAUUUCUGAAUGUUUCAAAUUUCAAUCAAUGAGCACUGUCAACACCCACAGGAGAGAAUAAAAUUACCUGUGCAAAGGUG